AUGACAAUAAUAAUGAUUAUUUACGGAUUUACCUUUCUCGUUACAGCCAAUCACACCUGUCUUGACAAGGAAAGACUUGCCAGUUUCCUCGACGUCAUCGCCAGCGAUCCUCUCUAUGCAUAUAAUGUUAUACAGGGGAACAGCCAGGUGACAAACCGAUGGACAUUUUCUGGAUCUUUCUGUUUUGUGGUAACAACAGUUACAACAAUUGGUUAUGGCGUGAUGGCUCCUGUGACAGAUAUCGGCAAAAUCGUGGUGAUCAUAUAUGCUCUGAUAGGCAUCCCUUUGACUCUUGUCAUGUUGGGACAUAUCGGAGACAAGCUGAAGGAUGUUGCCAACAGAAUCAACAACUUGAGCCUUUUUUCUCGUAAACCAAUCAUUAACAAAGCUGCAAACAUGGCCAUUAUCAUUAUUCUGGGGUUGACGUUACUCUUUGUAGCCCCUGCGCUCAUUUUUCGAGCGGUGGAAAAAUGGACGAUCUUAGACGCUAUAUAUUUCUGUUUUAUCACUCUUAGUACCAUCGGAUUUGGGGAUUAUGUUGUUGGGAUUGGAGAGAAAAGUGAAAAUGAUGAAGCUAGCACCAAUGUUUACCGAAUUGUCACUUAUGCUUGGAUUGUCAUUGGUUUGGCUUACAUUGCUCUUAUUAUCAACUAUAUCAGUAGCACGUUGGCAAAGAAGGGACAACAGGUACAGAAACAUGUGAAAAGACUUGAGUCCAGUAUGGAAAAUCUGCAUCGGGAGAAAACACUUUCAAAGUCAGAAAAAAGUGAAAACACUGAGAUACCGAUGUCACCUGAGGAUAAAAAGUCCAUGCAAGAAAAUGGAGUAACACUAGUGAAGUUCCUUCCAAGCAGAGACUUCAAAGUUGAACCAAUCAACUAAUGGAUUUAAUAAACUAAAGGAUUUUAUAUUUUUGACAUAAUAUUUUUUAACAUUAAUCUGAUUAAUUAUCAUCUUGGAUCUAUAUAUAUAUUCAUAUAAAACCAUUUGUAUCAAUAACAUCACAUCGGAUACCAGUAAUAUCAUACAUUUCAUGCAAACCAUCCUCAUAUCGCACAUUGUAUAUUGCACAAAGAAAAAACGAUUUUUUAAACGUUGACACACAUAAACACACAUAUACCUACAUACAUACAUACAUACAUACAUACAUACAAAAAUAC